CACUAAUCAAUUAAAGCUUAUAUUCUUGGAGAUUCAUAUAUUUAUAUUUGUAUAUUUUUACUAUAAUUCUUCUCUGUACAUAGAUUUUUAUUUUUCCUUGGCCUUCUGUUCUGUCACAUUCCUAGUCACUUAUCUCAUGAAUAAAUGCACUGAUUAUGAGCGUAUAUUCAAUCGUUUUGACGAAGAUGGAGAUGGAAAAAUUUCUACAUUGGAACUUCAACGUUGUGUUGGGUCAAUAGGCAGCAAAUUGGCGCUAGAAGACGUGAAAUUGGUGGUUGACUCACUAUGCUCGGACCAAGGUGGAUUAUUGGGGUUGGAUGGGUUCGUGGGUUUGAUGGAGAGCAAGGACGAAGAAGAGAAGAUGGAGGACUUGAGGAAAACCUUUGGUAUGUAUGAAAUGGAGGGGUGUGAGUGUAUUACACCAAAGAGCCUGAAGAGGAUGCUUAGUAGAUUGGGUGAGUCAAGGAGUGUUGAUGAAUGUGUUGUCAUGAUUAAUCAGUUUGAUCUCAAUGGGGAUGGUGUCCUUAGCUUUGAUGAGUUUGAGCUCAUGAUGCUUGGGUGAGUCUUGUGCAAGUUUGUAUUUGGAUGAAAUUUCAAUUUAUUCAUUUAUUUUUCUCUUUAUUGUAAUCCAAAAUAGAUGAAGGCAACCAUCAAAUUGGUGU